AUAGGUGGAAAGUUAAGAUCUAUUAAUUAUCCUCUGGACGCGACUUGGGAGCUUCAACCACACUGCACAUCGAUAUGUCGUAUGAAGCUAAUGCGAUGAAGCUAAUGCGAUGAAGCUUGUUUCCUGCGUAAUUUUCCCCCCGACAUACCUAAGACAUGGAGACAUCGAGGCCCUCGACAGUUUUUCAUUGGCAUAACAUCAGAUGCGAGUUCGCCAUUUCCGGAGUAGAAGCAGCAGCCUGUCUGCGAGAGGGGCUUAAUGUCUCAAUCAAUGUAUCCACUCCUUUAUUUCAAGAAAAACUCGCCUUCUUCGCAUUCUUAUCCGGCUGCAGCGUAUAUGACCUGGCCGACUGUACCUACGACAGGUUGCUUAGAACGAUCGAACAUAACAUCGAUACGCCAGUCGAUGCCAGCGAUGGAUUGGAUUGGUUCUUUCGCAUACUAAGAUUGUCCGGCUUUCCCACAUCAACUAGCGCUAGUUUCGCGAGCAUUGUUUGCCUAGCUGCGGAUCCCCUGGGAUCACGCUACAAAGUCAUGCCUUUUCGAACUAUGACGGUCUCGCUGUCGACGUCGCUGCCAUGGCCCGGAGCGAAGGAUUCGCUGGUUAGCCUUCAGCGGAUUGGCUUAUUACCAAGCAUAGUUCUUCACUCUACACGCACCCAACUACUUAUUCACCGGACUCCAGCCCAGGCCAAUAUCUUUUGUGGAUUCUUGAGGGAAUCUUACCAGCUUUGGAUGCCGGCACAACCAUGUUCUCUGCAUGAUCACCAGAUUCUGCUCGUUUGGCUUGCGACAUGUUCUUUCCCUAUCCAAUCGAUACAUGACUGGCUGAAAUCUCCGCGUGGACGAGAGAUGUUGUCAACUUAUGUAAAAGGGAGGUUCCAACCGUAGGUAGGGCAGACCGCGGUUCUCGUAAGUACGGUCUGUAAGUGGCCCCUGCGUGGGCCCCUUGCCUCGAGGCCGAAUUGGACUUCCAAUCCGACAUCAACUUUCCAACAGCAAUUCAAAGUCGGGCAAACCCCGCCGCAACUUGCUUGCUCUUUACUUGCUUUGCUUGC